GAAUGAUCUUCCUAAGAAUGGAUUCAUGCAUCCAGGCACUUGAAAGCAUGUUUGAAGGAGCCAACCUUACUGGAAUAAGUGAAUUUGCUUUUUGUGACUGACAUGUGUUACGCUGCAAUUUAUAAAUUAAAGAGCUACUUGCAUUGCUCAAAGAUAUAUCCAAUCUUGAUAAGCCCAGAGUACAAGAUAGUGUUCCAGGACAGAAUAACUCCAGUGUAAGGAACGUUAUUAGAGGGAAAAAAAA